AUGAAUGCUUCAUUGCCAGUGACGGCGAUUUCUGACACACGAUAUUUAUUUGAACAUUUCCAAUUCGAUCCAAAUGAUGAAUUACUGAUUUUUCACCAGCACGGUCCACUAUUGCAUCAGGCCAUGUUUCAAUGCUUGGAUCUACGUGAUCUUGUAAAUCCACAACUAAAUAGUUGGUUAAAUAUGAUGCAUUUGGAGCAUGUCGUCGGCAGGAAUAUCUCGCAGAUUAAUGAUGAUUUACAUUGGUGCGAAUGGGCACAGAUUGCUUGGUUUUCCAAAGCAUUUCAAGUGAUCUACGAACGGUCGUGGCAAAAACAAAUGGCUGUGCUGUUUUCCACCUACAUCUUCCCAGUGAUAGCUUUUCUCAAUUUGCUCAGUCUAGGCCUUACACUGUUUGGUGUCUCACGGUUAUUGGGACCGUAUAAAAUUCGAGAUAAAAAACACCUAAUUCAUCACGAUUAUGAUCUGAUUCAUGUUCCGGCCACAUGGCCCAUAUUGGUGACAUACUGUUGGAUCGCCAUUGCCUGUGUCCUCAUCAUUGAUCUCCGUGGACUAAUCUUUGCACACCUACCUGCUUACUGCAAUCCACUAAACUUUGAUUUGGGCUGCCGUGUGAUUACCUACUUGAGAAAUGUAUUUCGUUACACGCCCACGUGGCUACUUGCGGUGAUGCUUGCUGAUCGAGUACUUGGUGAAUUUCGCCAUUCUGAACGAGUAGUAAAUCACACACAACCAGCAGUGGUAACUGUGGAUGAUAUUGAUCGGAAUAACACUCACCUCUCAAUCAAUGAAGAGCCCUGCCGGUCGAACAAAAUCGUUCCCAUUUCAUCAGCAUUGACAGUGAAUGAUCAUGGAGUGAAGUGCAAGCGUAGCAAAAGGAGCUCACAAACAGGUUGCAAAUGUGGCCUAUUGAACGAUAUCCUCUGUGUGUAUCGUGGUCCUAUUUGCUGUAUGAGCUUAAGUGCAAUACCCACGGCAGACACCGUCUCGCACUCGAAACAUUUGGAUAUCUUGCGCACGGGAUCGGGGACCGCAUCAUUUCACCGACCCAGACCGUCGACAUGUGCCAGAUCUGAUUGGUUGGAGGUUGGUGCUGGACGAAUUGGAGGCUAUUUGCUGGUGGGCACCACUGUCUCCGGAUUGUGUUUGAUCAACACUCACACUAUUUGGCUGUAUGAAAUUAAUCGAGAUUGGAAGAAGUGCAUGUUAACAGCCGGAAAUUCCGUUAUUCUAGAGGAAUUUUAUCCCUAUUUCACUCAAGUACGUCAGUUUUAG